GCGGUUUAGCUGAGAAAUGAUAAGGUCAUUGUGUGUGAGUGGCUCCGGUCAGCGUGGCUUUACUAACACAUACUGAUUAACAUCAUAUGUUUAUUAUCACUAUAAUGGAGCGGAGACGAGUCUCAGCGCGCGGAUGAUUUACUGCACUGAUAUUUAAAGGAGAAAAAGCCACAUUAUAGAUAUAAGCUGAUCAAGGUGGCGCUAACGCAUCGGGACGGACUGAGAAUACACACAAGGCCUCAGGAUGUUGCGUCUGGCGUGUACCACCGUGCUGCUCUUCGUGCUCAGGUUACUCCUGGCUUUACCCUGGGUUCAGGUUCUUCCUGCUGUCCUUAUCUUCUUCCUGGGAACCGGAGGCUGGACGUCGCUGCGCAUCUUUAUGAAGACCAUCGGCCGAGACCUGCAUGCGGCCGUGGUGCUGCUGAAAGUGAAGCUGAACGUGAAGCGUCAUCUGCGUCAGCGUAACACGAUCCCCAAGAUCUUCGCCGAAACGCUACAGAAGUACGGCGACAAGACGGCGCUGAUCUUUGAGGGCACGGGCGAGCGGUGGAGCUUCAGGCAGCUGGACGAGUACUCCAACCGCGUGGCCAACCUGCUGCACCAGCGCGGCUUCAGGGAGGGCGACGUGGUGGCUCUGUUCAUGGAGAACCGCUCGCAGUACGUCGGUCUGUGGCUGGGCAUGGCCAAGAUCGGCAUCGAGGCAGCGCUCAUCAACUUCAACCUGCGUCUGGAGGCUCUGGUGCACUGCGUCAACAUCUCCAACGCCAAAGCCGUGGUGUUCGGCAGCGAACUGACUGACGCGAUGUCUGAGGUGAACAGCUCCAUGGGGAAAUCUGUAAAGCUCUUCUGUUCUGGUGACUGGGAUCCCAAACGAGUUCCUGAAGGAACCGAGUGUUUAGAGCUGCUCCUCCAGGCCGCGCCCACACACAAGCCCAGCCAACCACAGCGAGGCUUCACCGAUCGUCUCUUCUACAUCUACACAUCAGGAACUACAGGAAUGCCCAAAGCUGCGAUCGUCGUCCACAGCAGGUAUUACCGUAUGGCUGCUCUGGUUUAUUACGGUUUCAGGAUGCGGCCGGAGGACGUGCUGUACGACUGUCUCCCACUUUACCACUCAGCAGGGAACAUCGUGGGCGUUGGUCAGUGUCUGAUCCACGGCAUGACCGUUGUCAUCAAGAAGAAGUUCUCAGCAUCCAAAUUCUGGGACGACUGUAUAAAAUACAACUGCACGAUAGUGCAGUAUAUCGGUGAGAUCUGUCGUUACUUGUUGAAUCAGCCAGUGCGGGACGUGGAGCAGCGUCACCGUGUGCGCAUGGCUCUGGGUAACGGUCUGCGUCAGUCCAUCUGGGAGGAGUUCAUGCAGAGAUUCAACAUACCGCAGAUCGCAGAGUUCUACGGAGCCACAGAGUGUAACUGCAGCCUCGGCAACUUCGAUAACAAGACUGGUGCUUGUGGCUUCAACAGUCGUAUCCUGCCCUUCGUCUACCCCAUCCGUCUGGUCCGAGUGGACGAAGAGACCAUGGAGCUCAUCAGAGGACCUGAUGGAGUGUGUAUACCAUGUGGUCCAGGUGAACCCGGUCAGCUGGUGGGCAGAAUCAUCCAGAACGACCCCCUGAGACGCUUCGACGGCUACGUUAACCAGGCCGCCACCAGUAAAAAAAUCGCACAGAGUGUCUUUAAGAAAGGGGACAGCGCGUACCUGUCAGGAGACGUGCUGGUGAUGGACGAGUUCGGCCACAUGUACUUUCGAGACCGUACCGGAGACACGUUCCGCUGGAAGGGUGAGAACGUCUCCACUACUGAAGUGGAGGGAACGCUGAGCCGCCUGCUGGACAUGAAGGAUGUGGUGGUGUACGGUGUCGAGGUUCCAGGCGCUGAAGGUAAAGCCGGCAUGGCAGCCAUCGCGGACCCGGACCACACCUCAGACCUGGGGAAGUUCAGCAGGGAGCUGGAGAAGGCGCUGCCCCCUUACGCCCGCCCCGUGUUCCUGCGCUUCCUGCCUGAGGUCAACAAGACAGGAACCUUUAAGUUCCAGAAGACGGAGCUUCGCCACGAAGGUUUCAACCCGAACGUGGUGUCUGACAAGCUCUACUUCCUGGACUGCACUAAAGGAUGCUACGUCGAGCUGGAUGCCGAACUCCACCGCAGCAUCAUCUCGGGGAAGCAAAAAUUAUGAAGAAACCGCUGCUGACUCCGCCCACUUCCUCGAACAUCCCUCAUCAGACCCCUCCCCAGGAACCUUCCAACGCCUCGCCCCUUGUUACCUCAGCAACCACAGUGAGGGGCAGCAAGAGCAUUCCACCUCCCAGCUCGCUCCUUUACCCGGACACUCGAAGUGCCCCACCCUCCACCCACCGUGGGCAGGAUGACACAGACACUGAUACGCAUCAUUAUAACGUUUUAUGGCACAAGGAGAGAGAGAACACGCCUCCCUCCUCGGUCCGUUCUGCACAACGGCUGCUUGUUUAGAAAGUUGAAUCCUGAACGCACCCUGAAAAAAAAACCAACUCUCCGCUCAACGACGUCACGUGUCGGUCAUCACACAGCAGCGCAACAGACAGCUGUUAAAGUGACUGUGUGCAAAUGCUAUUUAUUUUAAUCUUUUCCUGCACCAAAAAAUAUUUAAGUUGUAGAAUAGCGUCUAUUUAUAAAACGAUGAAUUAAUUGUGUCGUAAACAUCAAAUACGUGGUUUGUGUACAGCGUAGGAGCGACUGAGUGCUGCACCUGGCAACCAAGCUGUUCUUCCACACCUGCAGGAGUGUGUCUGUGUGUGUGUCUGUCUGUCUGUGUGUGUCUGUCUGUGUGUGUGUGUGUGUCUGUCUGUCUGUCUGUCUGUGUGUUUCUGUCUGUCUGUGUGUGUCUGUCUGUCUGGGUGUGUGCGCGUGCAUGUGUGUGUGUGUGCAGCAUUGUGCAGACAGCACCAUCAGGUUUUAUGUCUGAUGUUUCUACACAGAUCUGUGUGUGGAGGAUCUGGUGUGCGAGGACCAGAAGGUGAAAGGGAACUCAUUUUAUCGGCAUUAUUUUUAUUUUAUUUUAAAUCACAGACGUAUGGCUGAACAGACGGAGCACUGUGCCUUACCUUGAGCUCAGGCCCUGUCCUAAUCCACCUCACGCUAUCUGGCUCCCUUUUCCAUAUCUUCCUCCUCAUUCCUUCUGGAUUUCCUUCUUCGCUCCUUUGCUUGUUGGCUCUCAUUAGAAAAUAAUUACGUAUCGAUAAUCACCUGCAUAACACAUCACGAUAUUAACCGACGAUCCGUUCCUACCGUUUUGUCCUGAAGUCACAGAAUUACAGCACUGAGGAUUCCAGAGUGUAUGAUUAGGGAAUUCCCAGCUGCACUUUACGCUAGAAUUUCCGUUCUGCUUAAUGAACGCAUCGUAACCCGACGUUCGCGCUCUCCGUCGUCGAGCCGAUCUUGUGGGCGUGGCCUGUCUGCAGCUUUAUUUCCACUAGUAACUCCAUGUAAUCAUUUCUAAAUCCAAAAUUAAUAACAGAUUAGAUUUGAUUAGAUUAGAUAAACUAGUUGUACUGGAGCUGACAGGAGGAGCCAGUAAACCGAAGAUGCGUCGCGCCGCACUCGGGAUCGGACGACAAGACGGUCAUUUGGAUCGGAUUCGCCCGAGUAGAACUGAGCAAAUGGAGUCACAGUUCAGUGUAAAAAGGAAACGAUUGUCUGUCAUUUUGUGGCUCGUGGAUGUGAACACAGAGUUAGACUUCAGUUUAAAUGUGACACAUGGUCAUCUCUGUGUGUGUGUGUGUGUGUGUGUGUGUGUGUGUGUGUGUGUGUGUGUGUGUGUGUGUGUGUGUGUGUGUGUGUGGGCGCAUGCGCGCUCAUGACGGCUCGCUGUAGCAUGAGUCACUAUUUUAAGAAAUACAAAGGGAAGAUAAUCAGACAUGCUAAUGCUAAUGUGGAUUGGAUUUGAUGCAAUUUUUUUUUUAUAAAUACAUUCCAGAGUCUAAGAUCAGAACAAAAUGAAGUUUAUAAAUUAAGAGUUAAUAUAAACUUUCUAUUGGGUAUAAAGUUAAAAUGGAGGUUUAUCGUGCACUCUGCUGUCUCUACUGUUGUUUUUAUAUUUUUAUUGUAAUUGUUUUUUGUUUUUUGCAUUUAUUUAUUUAUUUUUCAGAACAUUUGUUUGUAAUCGUCAUGGAUUGACCAGCUUUAAUUAUGUUUCUUGGUUUAUUUUGUAUUCUGUGUGUGUGUGUGUGUGUGUGUAGGGGGAGGGGGGGGUCGGUCCAAUGAAGCAGAGCGUCGUCACGGUGCUACUUUGCAGAGGCUUUCUCCCGACUUUGCGUCACAGUUGAAGAGAUUUGUUUUUAUUUUAAUUCGCAGUAUGAGAGGUGAAGCCUCCUUAUUACUUGAGUGCUGAUUGGCUGAAAUGGAGAUUAUGUUCCAAAUGUCCUCUGAUGUCAGUUUUAAUCUUGGAUUUGAAACGGGUCACGGCACCAGAAUCUGAAUCUGAAUUCUGAUCCUGUGGAUAUGAAACUCAACAACACAACCUGGUACACAAUUCCUAGUAAAAGCAGAAUAUUCAGCCAGAUAUCAAACCACCAGGUCAGACUGUUGUGUUUGAGUUUCUCCAGAGCUCCAAACACACACACACAGUGUUGAGUUCUCUUGGAAACAGGAUGUAGUUCCAUGUUCUGGCCUGUAGGUGUGUCAGUGUGAGUCCUCACUGGACCAAACCUGGGCUUCAUUCCAAAAACAGCUGAUUAAUAUUUCUGUGUCGAAAUCCAUCCGUGUGUGUGUUUGAGCACAGAGAGAGGGAUUGUGGGUAAAUGUUUUGAGCAGCUACAUGUUUCUAAUUAAAUAAUGAGCGUGACUCCACCUACAGGUGAACUGUGGCACAGCGGUGUGUUCCACUGCUUACCACAAACGUUAUAAAUUGUGGAAUUUGUCACCAGUUCAUAGGAACAUCAUCCCAAAAAACUGAACAGUGAAGAGACAGUAAAACGUUUGUGUUUGUUGUCAGCAGACUGAAUCACCAUCACCUGCACCAUCGCACGCUUCACACGUAGCUGUUCAUCUAACAAGAUCAAGCUGACCCUCUGAUUAUGGGGUUUAGUAGCACUGUGGGUUUAAACAGUCUCUCAUCCUCUCACUCUUGUGCUGUCGUUUAUCUCUCUCUGUCUGUCUCUCUCUCUUUCUCUCUGUCUCUCUCUCUCUCUCUCUCUCUCUCUCUCUCUCUCUCUCUCCCCUCUAUGUGUUCACAGAACUAUAAAUCAGCCCUGAUGCCCAGAACGGCAGCUUCAUUUCAUGACUUUAACGCUUUCUUCCUUCUUUUGUUUAAAUGAGGUUUUUACUUUGUUGUUUUUUGACACGAUGGUGUGUGAAUGCUUCUGUGACAAUGUUCUGUACACACACACUGAGCACUUUAUUAGGAACACUGCACUCCCCUGACAGAACCUCACUCUGCUCUCAGAACACAUCACUUCUUCAUGCCAUGGAUUCCACCAGGUGACGUUCAGGUCCAUGAGACAUGGACGUUUUCACGUUGAGACUCUAUCGUGAAUCCCACGUGUUCUGCUGACACGAGGCAGGUUGGAUCCAUGAGUUUUAUGCUUUAUUUCCCGUUCUGCUGGUUGACGUGAACGUGACACGAAGCUGCAGCUCUUUACCUGCAGGACUGAACUCACUGCACUGCUGCCACCUGAUUGGCUGAUUAGAGAACUGCAUGAAUGUGGUGGUGUUCAGGUGUUCCUAAUAAAGUGCUCAGCCAGGGUUUAGAGCUGUGUGUUUUGAUCUGUUUGUUAUAUUUAAUCUUCCAAAAUGAUGAAUGACCAAGAAGGGUUUUUUUGGGUGGAGUUGGGAACGGUUCGGUUGCAUGUUAACUGAAGGUGGAGAUCAACAUCAAGUUAUUUUUGUUUCCAAGUAAAAAUAAAACCAAGUAAAAAUGCUAGCUGGGAAACAGGAAUGUGGUGACGGAAAUGAACCAUCAACUGUGUGAGCGUCUUCGUUCUCCUGACCGCCGUCUCCACGCUUCUCAUUUCUCCACUCGGUACUCAGGAACAACGUGUUAGCUUCUGAAAAAGGGGAAAGUGUGUCGGGUUUGUGAACAGUGCUCUGUGUGUGUGUGUAGGGGGAGGUGUGUGUGGUGUGCAUGUCACACUGAAGUCCUCUUGUCUCUGACUAGCUCUAUAAUCUGCUUUUCAGAAGGAAAAAUAAAAACAUGGCAUCCGAGAUUCAACAUUAAUAAAAAAAAAUCUAUAAAGUUC